GGCCAGGAUGCCGCCGGGCCGGCCGUCCCGGUGUAGGCGGUGGAGGAAGGCCACGCCGUGCCGCUGGUGGGGGUACAGGCGGAGGUAGAGGGGCCGGUACAGCAGGAGCCCGGAGGCAGGCAGGGCGAUUCCCCUGAAAGAUACAAGCCUUUAGUCAUUCAAUGCAGUCUCUCAGUGACGAGACGGGUAAUGUUCGGAUAUUUGUGGAGUGUACUCUGGCUAUCAUCAAACCGGACGCUGUCGAUAAGGAAACCGAAAUUGAACAGAUUAUUCUGCGGGCUGGCUUCAGCAUAAUGCAGAGAAGGAAAAUGCAUUUGAGCCCAGAGCAGGCCAGCGAAUUCUAUGCUGCUCACAGUGGGAAAAUGUUCUACCCCAGCCUGACGGCACACCUCUGCUCUGGCCCUUUGGUCGCAAUGAUGCUGGCCCGACACUCUGCAAUCAAACAGUGGAAUGAACUGCUCGGACCCAUGGACAGUGCAAAGGCAAAGCAGUCACAUCCCAAAAGUUUAAGGGCAAUCUAUGGAACAGAUAAGAUUAAGAAUGCCCUGCACGGCAGCAGUUGUUUCAACACAGCAGAGAGGGAGAUUAACUUCAUGUUCCCAAGAGUCACCAUCGAGCCGUUCCCCGCUGACCAGGCUGCUGUCGAUUACCUCAGCAAGUACGUCAACCCCACCCUGCUGAGCGGUCUGACCGAGAUGUGCAAGCAGAAACCCUCCGAGCCUGUUACCUGGUUGGCUGAUUGGCUGUUGGAGCACAAUCCCAUCAGUCCUGCUGUGAACGAGGGGAAAGUGAAGGAGCCUGUGGAUUGUGUCUUCUGAUCACGGGAAUACACCCUAAUCCACCAGGAACUGGAGACCCUGGGUGGCUCGUUCCAAAAAUGACUACAGUUAAUAAAUUCCUAAACGAUU